UGGGGGUGGGAAAUUGUGCCCUGUACUUCCACCCCACUCUGAUCACAUAAAGCCCUGCCCGAAACAUUCGGCUGUGAGAGUGAGAGCAGAUAAACUGGAGCCUGGCUCAGGGAGCAGAAUGUUUAUGCUCACCCCGCGCACGUUCAGGUACGCUGCUACCUGCCUCCUCCUAUUCUCCACCACAUGCGUCGACCUGAGACCUCACGAGAGGCACCGAAAAUGGUUGCAGCUUGAAGCUGUGAAGAGAGGGAUCCUGGAUUACCUGGGACUGGAGCAGCCCCCCGUGAUCAGCAAGAGUGUGAGUAGGGAGGAGGAGGAGAGGAUGUACCAGGUCUUCCUGCGAAACAGCAGCAGCGGCGGCCAACUGGGGCGUUCGACCGAACCUGUCACAACACUUCACGUCGUUCCUGUGCUGGUUGAAGGAACUGGAGAGAGCGGAGUGGCAGCUUCGAAGGAGGGAGACUUUGAUCAGAGACUCACUUUCUGCUUCUCCAACAGUUCGGACAUUUAUCCAGGUCUGAGGGUUGUCCGGGCUGAAUUAAAGCUCUUCAAACGUCUCCUCAUCAGCAAGUCCCUCAAGAGGUUAAGUUCCAGCUCCAGGAGAUGGGUCAAGGUGUACGAGAUAUUGGAGCCCACCAGCCCAGGUGGAGAACUUACUUAUCAGCUGCUGGAUUCCAAGGCCCUGGGCCCUUGGCCCAUCGCCAACGUCAGCCUCAACGUCCGGCCACUGAUUGAGCGCUGGAUGGGCAGUGGUCAGCAACAGGUCCAAGUGCAGCUGCGGUUCCAGCCGCCCCAUCCUGAGAAUCCGGUGCUCAAUCCGGGCUCUGACACCAGGGAUUACCUCAGCUUGGAGAUUGAGACCCAGGAGGGGCCGAGUGCCCCGAGGGAGCGGCGCGCUGCUAGCUCUGGGGAGGACUGCCGGAGGAGGCAGAAGAAUUGCUGCCGCAAACCUCUAAGGGUGUCGUUUAAGGAGAUCGGAUGGAGUGACUGGAUCAGGGCGCCCGAGUCCUAUAACAUGUACAACUGCGGAGGCACCUGUCCAGCAAACUACAAGCCAGCCAACAUGCACGCCAUGAUUAAAUCCGCCAUGCACCAGCUGUCUGGAGGAGCCAGUCCCGCACUCUGCUGCAUUCCCGCAGCCUACGAACCCAUGACCCUGCUGCAUUAUAGCAGCGAGGGGACACUCACACUCACUGCAUUCGAGGGGAUGAUCGUCACCAAUUGUCACUGCUCUUAAUCUCCUGCCAGAGUCUACCAGCUUCCCAUCUCUCCAACUCACCCUUCAAUGUCUGUCAGAUCACCGUUAAGUGGCUGUCAAAGUCCCGCUCACUGCCAAGUUCAUCACUGUCCAGCUCACUGCCAAGUUCAUGACUGGGCAGUUCAAUAUCCAAUGUCCAGCUUACUGCCCAGUUCAUCACUGAACAACUCAUUGCCAAGUUCAUCACUGGACAGCUCACAGCCCAAUGUCCAGCUCAAAAGUUUAUCAGUGGACAGCUCACUGCCCAGUCCAUCACUGGACAGUUCAAUAUCCAGUGCCCAGCGUGCUGCCCAGUGCCUAGCUCACUGCCUAGACCACCCCUAAAGGCUCACUGUCCAAGGUCCAGAAUCCAUCAGCUCACUGUUAAGCAACCCACAUCAAAGUUG